ACUUGCUUCUCCCAGCCGGGCCACCCGGCUCCGCGGCCAUGAGCGGGGCCGACGGGGGCGCUCGGCGCUCCCAGGCCUUCCGGCUGCCGGGGCGACACGGCUACGCGGUGGAGUUCUCGCCCUACCUGCCCGGGCGCCUGGCCUGCGCCGCCGCCCAGUACUACGGCAUCGCCGGUUGUGGAACUUUGGCAGUGCUGGAACAAAAUGAAGCUGGGAUUUGUCUUUUCAGGAGUUUUGACUGGAAUGAUGGCCUGUUCGAUGUGACGUGGAGUGAGAACAAUGAACACGUGCUGGUGACUUCUAGUGGGGAUGGAUCUCUGCAGAUCUGGGACACUGCUGACCCCACAGGUCCACUGCAAGUCUAUAAAGAGCACACUCAGGAGGUUUACAGUGUUGACUGGAGCCAAACUAGAGGAGAACAGGUAGUGGUGUCUGGUUCAUGGGAUCAAACUGCCAAACUGUGGGACCCAACUGUGGGGCGGUCAUUAUGCACUUUUAAAGGCCACGAAGGCAUCAUUUACAGCACUAUAUGGUCUCCACAUAUCCCAGGCUGUUUUGCAUCUGCCUCAGGUGAUCAGACUUUAAGAAUUUGGGAUGUGAAGACACCAGGAGUAAAAGUAGUGAUUCCAGGCCACCAGGCUGAGAUCUUGAGCUGUGACUGGUGCAAAUAUGACGAGAAUUUGCUAGUAACUGGCGCAGUUGACUGUAGUUUGAAAGGUUGGGAUCUGAGGAAUGUCCGGCAGCCAGUAUUCAACCUCGUUGGCCAUACCUAUGCUGUAAGGAGAGUAAAAUUUUCACCAUUUCAUGCAACUUUAUUGGCCUCCUGCUCCUAUGAUUUUACUGUGAGAUUCUGGGAUUUUUCCAAGCCUAAUCCCUUGCUGGAGACUGUGGAGCAUCAUACAGAGUUUACGUGUGGACUAGAUUUAAGCCUUCACAACCAUGGUCAGGUGGCAGACUGCGCUUGGGAUGAAUUAGUUAAGAUCUAUACCCCAUCAUGUCUGGCAGCUCCUGUGUAGAGAACCUCACUUUGCUCAGUGAAGAAAGAGAGCUGACUUGGCGGGAAGCUUUCUCUGCUCCCAGGAAACUAAACUCAUACUAGAUGUGUUGAUUUUGUGGUUUUAAUCCUCAUGUCUCUUUUUAAAUAGGAUUUGUAGUUUUAACUGAAGAUGUUAUGCAUUUGAAGAUACAUUUUCAGUGCAGCAUGUGGGGAUCCAUAUUAAGGAUGGUUCAACUGUACACAUAGUGCUUAAGGCAGCAAAAUAAUGCCUGGGUGAUCAGAGGCUGGCAGGGGCAGACAUUUUGCUGGGGGCAGUGCCAGCCAGGUUUGUCUUUGGGGAGUUACAUGGGUAAACGUCUUGACAGUGGGAGAUGUGAAUCAGUUUUCCUAAUCCUGAUAAAGAAUAAAGACAAAUGGCAAUUUAUUUUGAGAUACUGGCGCUAUUUAAAAAAAAAAGAGGGGAGGCGUAUUUACUGUAAAAUAAUGCAGCAACAGCUUGAGGCUUGUGUCACUCAAUUGAUUUGAUAUUGAUACGUUUUGCUCCAAAUUCGUCUCGCAUUAAUUUCCUGUGUAAUAUGAUGAAUGCUGUUGAUAGACCGUUAAUGUCACACUCUAACAAGCUGCUUCCUUUGACCUUUUUGUUCACUAGUUCAUGAUGGCAGAAAAGAUUAUUUCCAUUUAGUCUUUUUAUUCCCCAUAAGUUUUCAGAUAAAAAGCUUGAGGGAGGGUCAUAUCAAAAGAAAUUCUGUUUUAGAUUGUGCUCAGAGAUCACAAGAUAGAGACACAUUGUGAUGGGAAAUCCUCAAAAGAAUUAGGCAUUCUUUUUUUAAUGCUUAUCCAAACUUCUUUGCAGCUCUCACACAGACAUUGUAAUAAUCCUCACCUGCGUCAGACCCUUUUACCUUCAGAGGCUUCUUCACAGGACCCAGCACUUUCGGCAGCCUCUUUGCAGGGCCCUAACUACUACUGAACUCAAAUGUUGUAUGCUCCCGAGUAGUGUAUCCCAGAGUUGGUGAGAUUUGCAUUAAACCAUGGCCAAAUGUCUGAGGGUGCCCAGUCUGCUGGACCAUUUGAAGACACAAGGUGGGGAGAAAACAUUCAGAGAUGAGGAACUGAAUCUUAUAUAAGAGUUACAGGUAAAGGAGGAAUGUGUCCUAUUUUAGAGAUACGAACCAGGGGCUACUGGACAGCCAUGCACAGAGAGCUCUGCCUAGAUUAGGAGGCAGGGUGAAAUAUUAAAUUCUUUCCCACUUCUGAGAUGUUUGGAUUCUGUAUGGCUCUUAUUUUUUUUAAAUCAGGUGAUCUGUUCCUGUGUACCAGGCCCUGUAGCUGAACUAGAAACAAAAGUUUUGAUUGUGUGGUGUUAUAAAAUAUGACGCAUUUUAAAAUCAUGAUGCUUUUUCAUUUAGGUGCUAAGAAAUGAGACAACCAUAAAGCUAUGCUGCUUAUAGCUUUUACUAGUACCAUGGGCCAUAAAACCCACACCUAUGCAUUAAAAUUGAUUAUUUUUAACCUUAACAGUCCUUUCCUUUCAUCUCCCUUUUCUGUUUAAUAUGCAAGCAACAUGUCCGAGUGGGUGGAUGUCAUGGAAUAUCUAUAUAUAUUGUGUGUAAGUAUGGAGGAUAUUUCUGAUCAGAUAAGAUAUACUGUUAUAGUACAUCCGUUUGAAAGCUAAACAUGGAAAAGCCAGUAUGAGGCUACAAACAAUCUCAGCCUUUCAUCUGAGUCAUCAUUAGCAGGAUGAAAACGUGCUUUCAAUAUGUAACUGGUGCAUCCAACAAAUUGAUUAAACUUUCACCUUAGCUACCUCCUUUC